AUGGAAGGAGAAGAUGAAGAAGAGAGGAAACUAAAGAGAAAGAAGAAGAAGAGAGGAGGAGAGAAGAGAUGGCUUUGUGUGCGGCUCAGAAGUUCCACAUUCCGGCGUCCGACGCCGCUGCACCGCGCGCCAAGGCGCUGUCAGCCGGCGCCGCCGUGUGGGGGCGGCCGUCAUCAGUUUCAACCGCUUCAAACCGCCAAAUGUCGUUCAAAUGCCUUGCCGUUGCCAGGACUGCACACAGGGGAAAUGAUCUCAGAUCAUGUUGAAGACCAAGCUCAUCAGGCCCUAAAAAAUGUUGGUGCAAUAUUAAAAGCUGGAGGUGCUGACUAUACUUCAGUUGUUAGAACAACUAUUAUGUUGGCUGAUAUAGCAGACUUUGCCGUAGUAAAUGAGAUUUAUGGUCAAUACUUUUCACACCAUGCUCCUCCAGCUCGGUCGACAUUUGCGGUGGGGGCAUUGCCCAAAAAUGCUAAGAUCGAAAUCGAUGCAAUUGCCGUGAUUUAAAUUUUAAACUAUAGUCUAAUUUCAAAGACCUAGUUUUCAAGAUAACAUUAUAAAUGUAAUAAGUUGGAGAAGAACACCCCAAACUCAAAUUUCAUUUUGAAUUUUGGUUGCUUUCUUGUCACAACAUUAUUGUAAUCACUUUAUCGCUCUCAUCAGCAUGCUUUU